AUGACUGCCACUAUUGUGGCAUUACAGAAACGUAAAAGCGAAAGACGAGCGUGGAUGCUUCCUAGACCACAGCAGUGGUUCAAUGCUAUGUUAACCGAACAGAUAUACGAUUACAAUCCAUACUGGAAAGAACAAUUCCGGUUAUCAAAGGACACAUUCUACUUUGUGGUUGGAUUAGUCCGUGGUGCGAUGGAAAAAAGGAACACGCGACUGAGAGAGGCCAUAUGCGUGGAAAAGYGUGUAGCUAUUGCUCUCUGGAGACUUGCAACAGGUAACUGCUUCAGAGCUGUUGCAUCUACGUUUGGCGUGGGAAAAUCUUCAGCCAUGAAGGUUACAGAUGAAUUAAUUGAAGCACUGUUGGAUCUCUAUGAAGAUUGGAUCAGGUUCCCAACGAAUGAACAGGAAACUGCCGAGGCAAUACAUAGAUUCUCUGCUCUCACUAACACUCCUAUUCCUCAAGUCCUAGGGGCAAUCGAUGGAUCACAUAUCCCAAUUAAAGCUCCUCAGUAA